UUAGAGGUGAAAAACAAGAAAAAAAAAUAUUCUGAACCAAUGGACUGCAGACACAGUACAGGGGAUGACCAGAGACUGCGGACACAGUGGAGGAGCUGACCAGAGACUGCGGACACAGUGCAGGAGAUGGCCAGAAACUGCGGACACAGUGCAAGAGAUGGCCAGAGACUGCGGACACAGUGCAAGAGAUGGCCAGAGACUGCGGACACAGUGCAGGAGAUGGCCAGAGACUGCGGACACAGUACAGGAGAUGGCCAGAGACUGCGGACACAGUACAGGAGAUGACCAGAGACUGCGGACACAGUGUAGGAGAUGACCAGAGACUGCGGACACAGUGUAGAAGAUGACCAGAGACUGCGGACACAGCGUAGGAGAUGACCAGAGACUGCGGACACAGCGUAGGAGAUGACCAGAGACUGCGGACAGUGCAGGGAAUGACCAGAGACUGCGGACAACAGUACAGGGGAUGACCAGAGACUGCAGACAGUACAGGGGAUGACCAGAGACUGCAGACAGUACAGGGGAUGACCA